CUUAAGAGAAUAACGCGGCCAAAGAGAGCGACCGUGAGAGGGAAAGCCACAAAAAAAGCUCAAGCAUUGUGCUUUCAUAGAAAAUGCUCAACAUUGUGUUAGUCAAGUGGCGUCUCUCGCACACACAACAGUUACACUUGCAGUGGAAAUUCACGAUGAGCGUUUCAAGGGCAUUCAAAGUGCUCGUCUCGCAUCCCACGGUCCCGACACCGGCGUUGGAAUUGCUGCGUUCUCGCGGUGCCGAGACGAUUAUUUGCCAAAGUGUGCCACCAUCGAGGGAGGAGAUCCUGGAGAAGGUUCCCGGCGUGGACGCCAUUUACUGGGCACAUUAUCAGCCACUGAAUGCGGGCAUUUUGGAUGCAGCUGGCAGCCAAUUGCGAGCAGUCAGCACCAUGUCGUCGGGCAUUGAUUUCGUGGAUGUUCCCGAGUUUCAGCGGAGAAAGAUUCCCUUGGGACACACGCCGGGUGUGGUGAAGAAUUCGGUGGCAGAUCUGGCAAUUGGUUUAAUGCUUGCGGCAGGUCGCAAUUUUCAUGCCGGUCGUCGCGACAUUGAGAAUUCACAGUGGUUAACGGAGCGCAUUGAUUGGCGAAUGGGGCACGAGAUACGUGACUCGACUGUGGGCUUCUUCGGCUUUGGCGGCAUUAGUCAGGCGAUUGCCAAACGUCUCCAGAGCUGGGAUGUGGCCAAGAUCAUCUACACGACCCGCACACGCAAGGAGAACGACGUGGACUUCAAGGCGGAGCAUGUGCCCUUUGAGCGUUUGUUGCAGGAGAGCGACUUUUUGAUCGUGGCAGCGCCUCUCACCGAUCAGACACGGGGCAAGUUCAAUGCUGAGGCCUUUAAGCUGAUGAAACCAAGUGCAAUCUUCGUGAAUGUGGCCAGAGGCGGUCUUGUGCAGCAAAAGGAUUUGCAUGAAGCCUUGACUACAGGUCAAAUAUUUGCCGCUGGUUUGGACGUCACCACGCCGGAACCUUUGCCAGCUGACGAUCCGCUGCUGAAGCUGCCCAAUUGUGUUAUUUUGCCGCACUUGGGCACGCAGACGUGGAAAACAACCAUUGAGAUGAGCCUCUUGGCAGCCAAUAAUAUUAUCAACGCCAUGGAGGGAAAGCCCAUGAUUAGACCAGCUUAUUGAAUUGAAGUAUAAGCUUGAUUUACUUUUGUAUUUCUGCUGAUGAAAGCACAAUUCCCCUAGACAAUAACGGUCGUUGUUUUUAUGGCAAAUGAUGACAGAUUUUAGUUCAAAUUGGAUAAUUAUAAAUACACAGAAUUGGAUUGCCAUCUGAAUUGAAAUCUCGAAAUUUCUACAAUAUCGUUUUAUUAUUUCUAAAUUACUCUUCACAGCUAUAUACAAUAUAUAUACUAUUGCUAGUAGAAGAUUUUAAAUUAAUGUUUUAUAUUGUUUUGCUUUUGAAUUCCUUGGUAUAAAAAACCUUACUAUAAGUACUUGUUUUAGUACCUUGAGCUUUGACAGCUCGAUUUUAAUCACUUAAAUUCUCAUCCUUAGCUGCAUAAGUCAUAUAAAGAGCAUCCCAUUCGUCACGCUGCAGAGCUUUAAGGUAGCGUUGUCGCUCCUGCAGAACACGCUGCAACAGCUCCACAUCCGGCUGAUCCGCUUGAUGCUUCUGCGCAAUCUCCAGCGCCCGCUUCCAGUUGUGCAUGCGCAGAGCCAAGGCGACAGCCUGAUCGUACUUGCGAUUGUGCAACAAGAUGGUCUCUGCCUCCAUCAUGCGACCCAACAUCAGUGAGUUCUCAGCCAUCUGCUCGGCACUCGAUGGCGACAGCGUCUUCAGGUGCUGCAAGUAGCUUACUUUGUCGAUUUGCAACGCUGCCGAAUAAGCCUCUUCGCUCAGCUGCAGCUGAUGCUUGCGAGUUGCCACCGCAGCCAAGGUGGCCCAGAGACUCGUGUGCUGAGCCAGGCGACAAAUGCGCAACGCUUGCUGCCAUUGUCCCUCUUGGAGGGAGCGAUGCAGCACCUCGCAGUAGAUGUUCACAUUGAUGGGAAGAAGGGCGCCAGCACAGCGAAACGUAAUCACAGCGUCCUCAAAGCUCUCGAUGGCCACAUGCUUGCCAAAUUCAC